CUUCGCAUUAUCUGCUUCCCCGUUUCUUUUCUUCCGGAUUUGCAUUAGAUAAACACGCGGUAAUCCGUACGUCACGACUUGUCGUCUUCCACUUUGGAUUCUACAGUGAUGAUCCGUUCCACAAACCAGCUAAAAAGCAGAUUUGUCAUAGUAAUCCCCAAAUCAGUUUUCAUUUCUGGUUUCUUUCAAGAUUCCGCUGUUUCCAGACGUGUGCAGCACUGUUCUACUGAUUUGACAUUGCUGUGAUAGCACAAAUCUUUUGCUUUCCUUGAAAUUAGUUUGGAAUCCCCUCGUUGAAGCGUAAAUCUUCUUGAAAUUAGUUGCUACACAUUCAUACGCCGCGGGAUUGAUGGCCGGAGUCGAGGAAGAAGGCGAGAUGGCGGCGCUGCGGGAGGCUCUGCGGCAGCAGGCGCGGGCCGUGGAGGAGCUGCGGGCGGAGCUGGAGGAGGAGCGGCAGGCUGCGGCAUCGGGCGCCGACGAGGCGCUGGCCAUGAUCCUGCGCCUGCAGGCGGAGAAGGCGGCGGAGCGGAUGGAGGCGGAGCAGUUCCGCCGCGUGGCGGAGGAGCGGAUCCAGCACGACGAGGACACGCUCGCCUUCCUCAAGGCCGUCGUCUUCCAGCAAGAGAUGGAGAUCAGCUCCCUCAACCGCCGGCUGCUCGCCGUCCACGCCACCGGCGACGACCCGUUCUCGCCGGCCUCCGCCCUCGACCUCCCCUGGCUCAGGAAGCUGGCCAAGAACGGCGUCGCGUCGCGGAGGAACGCGUCCCUCCCGGCGGCGCACCUGGAGGAGCUCUGCUCGGAGCUCGACGUCGCCGUGGGCACCGACGACGCUGCCGCUGACAAGAAGAGUGCCGGCGACAGAAGGCCGGCGAGGACGGUGUCGGACAUCGGCGAGGUGAUCGGCAGGGAGGACAGGGCGAGGCACAACCAAUCGGCGCCGCCAAGGCUGUACCGGUCCGCCUCCCACCGUCUCCUUCGUGCGCCGAGCUAUCCCGCGCAAAGCGGCGUGCGCUCAGCGGGCAGGACCUCGCCGGAGAUCAUCGCCGAAGAAGACGAGAAAUCGUGCAAGAGCAACGCCGCAGUGGAAGCCGACAUCGAGCAGAUCAAAACCACCGUGCAGUCUCUCCAGACCGAGCUGACGAAACUGAGGGAAUCCACCUUGUCCGUCGGCGAUGCACAAUCCCGGUUACUAACCGAGAUCUGCUCAAAGCUCGAUGGUGCCAUGCCGCGGCAGGAGAGCCUUCAGGGAAGCCAUGGAUCAAGCCCUGUGCUGCUGACGCCGGCCAUCAGGGAAGCUAGCAGUUCUUCCAAGGAGCAAAGCUAUGAGCCACAGAGCGAGCUGCUAAUGAACCAUUUCAUUGAGGCGAUGUACAUAGCAUGAGACACUGAAGAUGUCGACAGACUCAUUGGUGUGAGUAAAAGAUUGUUGAUUGCUAAAUUAUUUCCUUCCUUUUUUGUUUCAGCCAUUGCUGGUACAUAUUAUGUGUAUAUAGUAACCAUAGCCGUGAGGAUGAGAUCGCAUGUAAACAUAUUAUGUGCAUUUCUUUACCUUCCUGUUGUUUCUGCCA